AUGGCCCAUCAUCAUCCGCUAUCCCAUAGUAACAAUGAUUAUAACAAUAAUAAUAUAAUUUCAAACAUGGAUGUUCUAAAUAACGAGUUUAAUUUGGGAAACUUCGUAAAUAUUACGAGAUCAUUAAACGGUACUUUCCAUGGUCCAAUACGGUGGACUAGUCAUCUAGACCUAAAUGAUUGGAAAGAACAUUUCCUACGAAUCACGGAGAACGGUUCCUUAAUUCAUCAAAUUGAUAGAAAUAUUACAUCUGCUAAUUGUGAAAAUAAUAAUAAUAAUAAUAACAAUAAUAACAAUAAUAACAUCGAUCGUACACAAUUGCAGCUCUCGCCUAUGAACCAUCAUCCAAUAAUAAAAAAUUUACAACAAUGUAGUUUACAAAUUAUCGAUAAUAAUACACGUGAUGAUGACAAGACUGCUUUACCACUUAUCAAAGUUACUACUACUUCCGAGUUUAUCCAUUCAAUCAUCUUUUUGAAAACAAAUGAUACCACCAUCUUCCAGAAUUUAUUUUGUUCCUUAAUUUGGUGGAGCUCCUUAAAGAAAAAGGGAUUAUUCAAUAAAAUUACUCUUGAUAAAAGUAAUACUUUAUCAUCUUCCUCGUCUAAGAAAAACGAUUCAUCAAACUUGCUAGUUUGUCAAUUUAACGUUUAUGGUCCAUUACCAAAUAAUACCAAUGGUAAUAGCAAAGAAAACUUCACAUGGUUUAAGGCAAUGGGUGUACUAAAAUCAAAUGGUACCAUCGAUUUAUUAUCACAGAUUGAUGGCUCUUUAAUCUAUUCGUUAAAUGUUUCAAAUUUAUUACAAUCUGAAAUCAGGAACUUAGAUUAUUCAUUAUUCCAUAAUGAAGUUUCACUUUUCGUUGGAAUUCUACCAAAAUUAAGAAGAAAAUUAUCAAUCCCAUUUAUUGAUACGAAUGAUUCUUCAUUACUUUUCGAUUCCAAAAUAUCAACUAUUCAGGAAGUAAUAUUACAAUGCCCACUGAAAAUUGAUUUGGAAGAUUGGUAUGUUGCUUUACAAUCUUUUGCAAUAAGACAAUCUCUUUCAUUAACCAACACCGAUGAUUCGAACAAAUUGAGAAUUGCUAAUAAUUUCGAUAUAUCGAUUUUAGAAGCAUCAUUACGAUUGUGUAAUAAUAAUAAUAACAAUAACGAUGAUUUGAAUACUUCGUCCACUUCCUCUCUAUUCUGUGAAAUAUCAAUCUGGGAUCAUGUUUGGGCAAGAACACCACUUGUAACAUUAUCUAAUAGCCCAUUUUGGAGAGAGAAAUUUGAAUUUAAGGAGUCUAUUGAUAUAGAUUCAAUUAAAAUUAUAAUCAAACAAAAAUGUAACAUUAACAAUAACAAUAAUAACAAUAAUGACAAUUUACUCAUACGACAAGGCAUAAUCAAUAAUACUGAUACUACUAAUGAUAAUAAUUAUAAUAAUAUUCGAGCCAUCGGUUAUAUCAAGAUCGAUCAAAAUAUAAUAAAUGAACAUGCUUGUAAUAAAGAAGUCCGCUUACCAAUCCAAUCAUAUCAUACCAAUAAUGAUAACAAAAAUUUAGGGACAUUAUGCAUUGCAAUUAACUCAAAUUUAGAUUUUGUUUUACCUCAUAAAAACUUUUAUAAUCUAGAAAAUUCACUGAAGGAUUUAAAUCCAACCACGAUAGCAGAAAUGCUUUAUCAGGAUCAUUCCAUAUCAAACUCAAUGGACAAGAGGUUAAAGGAAGUAGCAGUAAUAUUUCUCGAUGUGUUUCAAUCGAUCAAUAGAGAAACAGCUUGGUUACAAGCAUUAAUUGAUAAAGAAUUAUUUAUAUUAGAUAAUUCAAUAUCGAAAAAUAUCUCGAAAAAAUUACCAUCAACAAAUAUUUUGAAUUCAUUAUUUAGAGGUAAUACAUUAUUAACUAAAACGAUGGAAAUUUAUUUCCAAAGAAUUGGUUCGGAAUAUUUAGAAAAAUCAAUUGGUCCAGUCUUACAAAAAAUCAUUAAAGAAAAUAAAGCAUGUGAAUUAGAUCCAAGUAGAUUAUCGAGCAAUAACACAGAUAAAAUUAUUAACGAGAAUUAUGAAACUUUGACUCGAUACAUUAAUGAAAUUUGGAAUGUCAUUUAUAAAUCAUCGAAAGAUUUACCAUAUGGAAUUAAAAUUGAACUGAAAACAUUAAGAAAAAAAUUGGAAAUAAUAAAUGACUAUGAUGAAAAUAUAAAUACAAAUGAACAUAAAUAUAAUGAUGGUGAUAGACAUAGAAAGGAACAGAGAAAGCAAAAUGAAAAAAUAAUACUGAAUUGUGCCUCUGGGUUUCUAUUUUUAAGGUUUUUUUGUCCAGUCAUCUUAAAUCCAAAAUUGUUUAACAUUAUCGAUGAUCAUCUAGUCGAUAAUACAAGAAGAACAUUGACCUUAAUAAGUAAAUUCUUAUUAAAUUUUUCAAAUCUGACGUUAUUUGGCCAAAAGGAACCAUAUAUGAUUAAUUUAAAUAAAUUAAUCUUAGGUCACCAAGAUAAGUUGAUUUCAUACAUUGAUAAAAUUACUGAAAAGAAAUUGGAUUUUGGUCCAAAAAUAUUAAAAUUAAACAAUGAGGUUUCUAGACCAAAACUAUUAAUGAAUAAGGAUAUAUUGAAAAAUUUGCCAACAAUUCCUUUCCUGAUUGAUAAAUACCUUCGAGAAACACAAGCCAUAUUUAUUUUGGUCCGUUCUAAUAAUGAUAGACUUUCUGUUUUGAAUAAUGAGAAGGAAAUUUUCAUUGACAAUAAUACUGUUGCUGUUGUAGAUAAGCCAGAAAUUGGCGAAUUAACAUUUGAAGAGGUAACGGAGAAUAAUACUGCUAUAUUCGGAGAUGAACUAAUGGAAUUUUUGAAGGAAGAAGAUGAGGUUGAUGAUAAUCAAUACAGGAAAGAACCAAAAAGUUCUGUCACUCCUACUACUCAGGAAAAUUCAAUAUUAUUAAAACAAUUUGAACAAGAAUCAUCGCUGCUUUACCAUAAAUUAAAACGUUUAGAAAAUUUAUUGUCUGAUUAUGAGUAUCCGUCAAAGGACAUGUUGAAUUCUAAAGACUAUGCCUUGUCAUUGUCGCGAAAGGCCGUUUACGAUUCGACUAAACAAAUACAGUUUAAUGAUGUAGAGGAUCUCCCCAUGUCAUUGAAGGGAAGUACCCGACUAUUCUCUGUCCCGCCUUCCAGUAAUAAAAUAACAUCACUUAAUGUCAGAACAAAUUUAUUUGUCAUGAAUUCCAAUAUCCCUACUCAAAUGGAAAGAUCACCGUCGAAUUUAAGUCUUAACGGUAAAAUUAAUAAUAAUCGAUAUUCCACUUUAUCAACAUCGGGAAGAAUAAUGGAUACUUCUGAUGAAAAACUAGCUAUACCGGGAAAAGGAUUGACCAGAUUAGCUUCUACAAGAUUAAGUAAAAUGAUGAGGAAGAAAACCACAAUAAAUGGAAGUAAUGAUAGUAAAGACUUUAAUCAGGCACAAGAUAAUCUUGCUAAAGAUUCGGCUACGAUUAGAAGUACACCCAGUACCGCGACAAGUAGAAUAAGCAGAUGGUUCAAUAAAAGAAGGGUAUAA